UAUUUUUUUCAGAUGACUUCCCCCGGCGAAUGGCAACUGCCAAGCAGAUUGGAUGCCUGAUUACUUCAUUUAAUACAUUAUUACAAGAAGUCCUGCUGCAUAAGGUGUGAAGAAGUCGAGGUUCAGCAGAGUGAAGUAGUUGUGCCGCUAGAGAAAAAGUUGGGGGCGAAAGAAGGCAGGCAGUCUCCUGUUGGCUUUAUUUAAUUGCUUGAUGGACCUGUUGAUGAUGAACCAAUCGACAUUUUCUUCCUGAUUGUUCAUUUAAUCGAUCGAUGGGUCUGUCGCUUGUUGGCACAAAUGAGCAAGCGUACAAACAAGAAGUCGUCGGCGUCGUUGUCGCCGGCAUAAGUAUCGUUAUCAUCAUCAGCCGUCUGAUGUGGAUGUUGGGUCCCGAUCGAUCAAUCGAUCAGUACUAUAUGGAGGAGGGAAAUGUGUUGGCAGGUAGCGGUAUAGACAAAUAGGUAGGGUUACAGAGAGAUAAACAGAUAGAUAGAUAGAUAGAUAGAUAGAUAGAUAGAUAGAUAGAUAGAUGGAUGGAUGGAGAAGUUGAGAGCCAUAACGCAGAUAAGAAGGGAAUGAGACCCUGAAGCGUAGUGUGGACGUGCUAUAUCGAGAGUGAUAAACUGCGGGCAACGUUGCUGAAACGCGAACACGGAGUAAGAUAUAGGAAGGAAGCGGCAAAGGACGUGCAUCUGUGUUUGUAUGUACGGUGGGGUGAGGUGGGCGGGUUAUGUUAUUAAAUAAAUAGCAAGAGAAGACGAGGGAGUUUUGGGUGAUGGGAAUGACCACGAGAGAUGCGGAAGCUGGUGCAGAGUCAGCAAGAAUUGAGUCGGGAAUGGAUGAUAGGCGACCUGGCAUUGGAGUGAGUGCGGGAGGAGAAGCGCUAUCGCCCCGGUUGUUAUCCCUGUCUUCAGCUGUUGCAAUGCCUCCUCCUCCUCCUCACCGUCCUCCUUCUGUCUCUGUUUCGUCAGUUUCUUCGUCUCGUUCCUCUUCCAUCGACCCUCGCAAUGCCCGUUUUCCUUACUGCAUCGUCUGGACCCCUUUACCGAUCAUUGCGUGGUUUAUCCCUUUCAUUGGUCAUUUAGGGAUUUGCGAAUCGAACGGUGUCAUUUUAGAUUUCGCCGGGCCUUACUUCGUCAGCAAAGAUAGGUUCGCCUUCGGUAGGACGGCGCGCUAUGUCCGACUCGACCCCGAUCUUGUCUCCGUGAGAACGGGUGGGUUGCCCUGGAACGAGGCCAUCCAGGACGGCGUGCUGGAGUUUCAGGAUCGCAUGUACAAUCUCUUUACUUGCAAUUGUCAUUCAUUUGUCGCCACGUGUCUCAACCGAAUGGCAUAUCGAGGCUCUGUGCGAUGGAACAUCGUGGAUUUGGUGUUUCUUGUCGUGUUUAAGGGUCGGUGGGUUAAUGCUGGAGCGGUUUUGAAGACCUUGCUGCCGUGGUUUGUCCUCAUGGCGAUCGGCUUGUAUUUCGGCCGUUGGAUGUUUCUGGUGGCCUGGGUGGGAUUCUCUGCUGCAUUACUAGGUUGGUUCCUUUGCGGAACUUACCUCUGCAGAGGACUUAUUGUCCCUUCUCCCUAAUUUGUUGUUCCCUCGCGGUCGACCGGAGCAGCAGUGUAUGUCCACAGUGGAAGGAAGGUUGGCAACAUGUCUCACCCUCCCUUUGCCUCUUCUUCCCUCCUGUCUUCUAGACGUGUCCGUGAGUGGGUGGGUGGUAUAUAGGAGGUUCUUUUUCUGUACAGGUUCUCGUUCAAUCGAAAUAAUGAAGGAUGAGAUGCUCGAGAUAUGCAUGGUAAACGACUUUUCUGCGCAACAGACGUGCUCAAUGUACAUAAUUAUAAGUAAACGACUUGUGUCGUC